AUGGCUUUCCACGACCCACAAGUCUCAAGUGAUAGAAAGCGCGCUCUGGGAUCCCGCCGCAAUGUUGUGGCAGCUUGUAGUGGCCGCAAUUUGACCAGAGCCGAGGAGGAUAAGUUGGAAGUCUCAAGUGAUAACAAGUACGUUCUGAGAUACUGGCACAAGAUUGUGGAAGCUUACAGUGGCUGCAAGUUGACCAGAGCCGAGGACAAGUUGGUGGCGAUAUCGGGCCUUGCAAAGCGAGUGCAAUCGUUCUUGGGCGAUGAGUACUUAGCCGGUCUAUGGGAGAAGGCUCUGCUAUAUGGACUUUUGUGGAGAGCUCAGUGGGAGGAUCUCAAAGAAGAAUACGCUUCCUUUCAAGCGCCCACCUGGAGCUGGGCAAGUGUAGAUGGUUUCAUAUUCUAUGACGACCUCAUGAUUCUCUGGGACGAUGAAGAAGACCUAUCCAUUAAAAUUGUCACCAUCUUGGCUUCGGGUGUUAUAUCUGUUGCGGCUGAUGUCACUGGACAAAUCAAAGUCGGUUUCAUCCGCUUGAGCAGCACUUUGAUUGCAGCCCGUAUCAGAGGAAAACAAUCUAGCCUUUCCCCAAAUUUUGAUUGUAUCCUCGAUUUGCCGGUUUUCAGGCACGGUGGCUACUGGUACCCACUUUUUCAUUUUGAGACAAUUGAACGCCGAGCAGGGAUUUUCGUCUUGCCAAUUUGGAUAGUAAUAAUUGAUGGGGAGGGAAAUCGAAGUCUAGCACUCAAAACUGUGGAUCCCGUAAACAACAUCUACAAGCGAAUUGGCUGCUUAUUUCUCCGGGAAAGGGGGACCAGAUACGAUGACAUUCGCUGGCCCGAUGUGGUGGCAAGGUUCGAUAAGCAGACUUUGACUCUGUUCUGA